AUGGAACUGUUGACCAUUCAUAACGAUCUAUGUUAUACUGCAAGCCGUCUGGAAACAUUACAUUGGAAAGCAGCUCAAGGAAGAUGCUUGAGCCUUGGUGGAACAUUACCUAUACGAGUAACACAUGACACUAACACUGUAUUAAGGUAUGCUCUAUCACAUUCAAAUCUUAAGUCAUCAUUUUACUGGUUUGGACUCAUGAAAACGGGCUAUCAAUGGCGUUGGGCUGAUGGCGAUGUUAUUGAUCCAGAUCAACAGGAUUGGGCAGAAACACCAAAUGAUGACAAUGGUGAAGCUAUGGCAGCAGUAUUUUCUCGUCCAGAAUCUUGGCACUGGAUUUCAAUGUCACAGUCAGUCUACAAUGCCUGGAUAUGCCAAACAAAACCAAAGUUUUGUACAAGCCCAGGAGUGAGCGAGUUUGGUCGAGUUACAUUUUCUAGUCAAAGUUACGCAGUUGGUACUACGUGCUAUUAUUCCUGUGAAGAGGGUUUUGAGUUGUCUGGGGAAUCUCGACGUGAAUGUUUAAGCAGUGGGCGAUGGUCACAUACGAUUCCAAUUUGUAAAAGGGUUGAUUGCGGUCCUCUUGAAGACUGGUCUAAUGGGACGGUUCUUCUACUAAAUGGUACAACAACUUUUGGAUCUCUUGCUGAAUACAGGUGUAAAAAAGGAAUGGUUAUAAGUGAAUCAUCACCAUCAUAUCGAGUAUGCGAAUUUGAUUCGCGCUGGUCAUCAGUGAUACCUUUCUGUACUGAUAUCGACUGUGGAAAGCCUCCAGAACUCAGUAAUGGAAAAGUUGAUUUUGAAGGAACUACUCAGAACAGCACAGCAACUUACAGCUGCAACAAUAAUUUUAAACUUAUUGGUCAUAAAAAAAUUUAUUGUUCUGAAAAUGGUCAAUGGCAACCUUCAUCACCUGUUUGUUACGAUUUGGAAACUCUGCGAGAAAUGAAAGAAUCUUCUGGGGAAAGUAACGUCAUACUUGCUAUUGUAGUUGUCCUGCUGUUACUGCUACUUGCUUUCCUAUCAUUUCGGCUGACUCGUCGAGGUUUUUCCCCGUUAGCAAUACAUACUUUCAAUGAAGGUAAACGAACCUCUCCAAGACCUUUGGUUUAUUCGACACCAUCACAACAGCAAGAUUCCGUAAUUUAUUACGCAUCCACUGGCGCUUCAAUGACGCAUGUUGAAGUUCCGCCUGAACUUCUUCAAUUACACCAGUUAUCUAACGGUAACAUCCAUAUUACGUUGCCAAGUCUGAAACCAAUUGUCAGACCUGCUUUAUCAUUGUCAAUGACCCAGCCAAUUGAAGUUGCUGAAAACAAUUCAAGAAAUGUUCCUGAAACCUCAACAAGUCCAACACCUUCUCAGCUAUUGUAUUCGUUUGAUGAUGAUCCUGUGUACGAUUCGCCUUCUGAAGACAAUGUUUACGAAGAACUAUCUCAGGCUCAUGAUGUAAAAUAA